AUGCACGCGAUGUGGCAGCGCGUGUGGCUGGGCCUAACACUGCCUGCGACCGCGUCGACGUUCCCGUCGUCGCUCUCCAACGACAAGCGCGCAUCGACACAGCGCUUCUUUGGCAAGCCCAUCGAAUGGGUGCACGGCAGCCCGCGCCCGGCCUACAAGGACGUCAUCUACAUGCUCUUGCAUUGGAGUUGGCCGCGGCUCUGGUGCUUUGUGACCGUCGUCUACUGCUCCAUCACGGUGCUUUUGGGUCUCGUCUUUUACGAAAUCUGCGACGAGUGCGACGUGUUUUCGGAAGGGCUCGGCAUGAGCUACCAAGCGUUCUCAACAAUCGGCUUUGGCAUCGUCUACCCGAUGCACCGGUGCGGCAACUAUGUCAUCAUCGUCGAGGCGUUCGCGUCCAUGCUCAUGCUACCGGCGAUGGGCGGUCUCCUCUUCUCGAAGCUCUCGAUCCCGCGACUGCGUGUCGCCUUUAGCAACGUCGUCGUGCUGCAGCCCAACUACGUCAACGGUCUGCCCGCGCUGGUCUUUCGCGUUGCGAAUCCGAGCCCGUCGACGCAUCUCGAGACCGAUGUGCUUCUGGACGUUCGGUUCCUCGCCGAGCUCCACAUUGCCAGUCGCCUCGGCGGCAACCAUGUACUGCAGCGGUUCGACUUGCCACUGCAACAGUCGAGCUUCAUUUUCUUCCGAUUCGCGCUCGAACUCGUCCACGUCAUUGACGCCACGAGCCCGUUGGCGCCCUUUGCUGUCGCGAUGGCGAUGGAGGAUGACGCGAUGGUCAUCACAUUAGCCAUGGAAGCGGUCGACGCCAACCGGCACACGUCCGUGCUCGAUCAACACGCGUACGCCCAAGCCGAUGUCCGCGUCGGGUUUCGCUUUGCCCGCAUGCUCUCGCCACAGAGCGCGGCCAAGCUCGCGCUUGACUUUGACUUGCUGCACGCGGUCGAGGCCGCGCCCAUGGUCGCCCCGGUGCCGCUGCUGCGCAAACCAGCGCCAGCGACGAUGUGCACCCGAGCGCGACGCUGA